UUAUUAUUGUUCUGCAUACUCUUGACUUUGAAUGGCAACAGCUGUAAAGCAAGCAAGAAAGUAUGUCCGAUUCUGGUAUUGACACAAACCCACUGGACCGGUCCGACUGGUACUCGUGCAGUACCGUUCAUGUCCAGAGGGGGGCAGCAGUGCGCGUGACCGCGGACACACGCGGAUGUAGAAGGCGAAGAGGAAGAUGCCUUCAUGAAUCGAUAUCCUGGAAUCGGGGCUGGCGCCGCCUCAGUUGGCACAGAAAUGGUUCAUUAAUCUUCAACUUUACAAAACGACAACAACGUGCUGCUGAAGAGCCCGUCUGACUCUCACACCAUCACUGGCGCACAACUGAAAUCAGCCUCUCCUGUCAAAUCCAGCCAAUCCACUGAAGAGCCCUGAAAGCAGCUGCUAUGCUGGGCAGGACAGCCCUGAGCCUGGGUGUUACUGCCCACCGCCUCGGUAAAAAUGUCACUUUCUACAUCAACGAGGUGGCAUCUCCAGUCUCACGGUCUCAGACCCCAACCUCUGAGCAACACAGACCUCUGAUGCUGAUGUUGCCUUGGAUGGGUUCGCGUCCCCAAGCUGUGGCCAAGUAUUGUGAAAUCUACUUCCGCACUGGCUUCGAUGUGCUUGUCGUGGAGACCGAGGUUCAAGAUUUCCUGUGGCCUCGCUGGAGUCUGGAUCGUGGAGGGACGCUGCUGGAAUUGCUCCUGAGUGAACCCUUUGACUCCCGCCCCCUGCUUGUCCAUGCCUUCUCUAUUGGCGGCUUCACAUUUUCUCAGCUGCUGGUGCAUGUUUGCCAGGACGUGCAAAAAUACGAGACGCUCACGCAGAGGAUCAAGGGCCAAGUGUACGAUAGCUUGGUGGUGGGCUCGCUGGAGACGAUGGCCAAAGGUCUUGGUAAGACCGUAUUUCCUCGUUGGGAGACAGCGGUGAAACAACUGAGCCUGUUUUACUUCAGCGUGUUCAGACACCAAACGGUGGACUACUACAACACAGCCAUCGAUGCCUUUUGGAACACUCCCUUCACCGCUCCGGCACUGUUCUUCUUCUGCGAGAAUGAUCCCAUGUCUGACCCCCGAGCUAUGGAGGAAAUUAUUGACCAUUUGCGUAAUCGCGGGAUGGACGUCACAGCGAAGAAGUGGGCCGAUUCAACACACGCAGGUCACCUGAAGAGGCACCAACAAGAGUAUCUGACAACCCUUGACAUGUUCCUACACUCACUCCGGUUGGCCCCGCUGAAGGCCAAGAUGUAAUGUCCAACUUAAUGACAUAAGCUUGACUUAGCUUGUUUUUUAUUUAACCUACAACAUUUGUAAGCCUACAGUAUGUUAUUGCAGUGGUGAUAUUUAACUUUGGGAAAAUCCAGUAAUUCAGUUUUUGCACAAAAUACGGUACUUAGUGCUGGGCGGUAUACCGGUUCACACCGAACAUCGGUGUAUAUUUUCAUUAUGAUACGAAUUUUUAAUAUACCCACAUAUUGGUGUAUUUGAUUACACAGGGUUCAGAAUGCUACGCUGUGCCGGGAGACCAGACCCUUUUCAAUUGCGCUUCUAAAAAGUCAUGGUGCGACUGCGAGGCGUGGUGAGGGUAAACAGUAGUGCUCUGGUGUUACGUUAAGGUGAAGAUGGCUGAGAUAGACAUAGCAGGUCAUGACUCCAUCCACGGAUAUCGAGAUCUGGAGCAACUGGAAAGCCGCUGUUCCUGUAGCUGUCAGCUUGUUGUUGUAGCAACAAUCUACUAACGGUCGCUUCUUUCAAAUUAAAAGCCUCCCACUAGGAAUCCAGUUCUAAACUUCAGUGGGGUGCAAUGUAAAGCUCUUAUUUUGAAGAUAAAUACGACCUGCUUCCUGUUAGCUAACGCGAGGUUCUCCGCUGCACUCUUCCUUUUAAUAGCAGGGGUUAAACAUCGGCGUGUGUUUGACAGAGGAGGCGUGAAUAAGGGCCUCGGGUCUAUAAUUAAGUAAACCUAUCAAGUGUUGGCAUAUUUGUUCUGAUGCAUAUGUUGUACGUCACUGUUGACGCCCAACUUUGUGCUUCAAGUCACAUCACAUGUUAAUGCCUACACCAGUGGCGGCUUUUUGGGAAAGAAGAAAUAUCAAACCUCCCUUUUAGACAGACAGGGCGGCAGAGUGCAGCCUUUACCUUACAGCAAAUGUGCCGCCUUUUCUGUCUAAAAGGAGCCAGUAAUUCCUCUCUCAACCAGUAGAAAAUACUGUGGACAGCUGAUUAGGCAUGAAAAGAAAAAUAUCGUCAUAUACUGUGAAACCGAAAAAUACCAUUAUCUACAUAUUUUGUCAUACCGCCCAGCACUAAUGGUACUUGAUGUUGAUGGAGUAACGUUACACUCAGUUUUUAGUUCAGUUGCGUUUAGUUGCUAAAAUGACUCAGGUGGGACAUACUGAGAAUACAUCAAAGUGGACAGUAAAAUGAUCUUCACUGUCAUGUUAUUUUAGUGAGGUACGGAUGAAGACUAAUGACGCGAUGUGGCUGCCUUUCUGCGUGUGCCUGACAACAGUUUUGAAGCCUCAGGGAUUUAAACUUUGGAAUCACAGUGACAUCUGGUGGUGUUCACAACUUAAAGCAGCCCUUCAAGACUAGAGCCAGAAACACUAGAACGCUGGACAAGUUUCAGUGUCAUUAUUGAAUCAUGCUUUGGUUUACAAGCGCUGCAGCAAAUGCACAUGUUAUUGCAGUAAAAAUUAUUAUUCAAUGCAAAGUGAGUAUAUCCUGACAGGGUUUGGGUUUCCUCAUGUGUUUGUCAGGGGCCACACUACUGUUAGUGUACACUACACUAGGUGUAGUAGAUUUAACUUUUUUUUCGUGCGGUUGAUUAUACUCUUAUCUGAGGAAAUGAAGUAACCGAAUUGAGGAUUUUAUCAAGAUAGUUAUUGAAGUUGUACAUUUACAUCUUCCACACAGUCAUUGUGACUGUGAAAAUAAUACCUCGCAUGUUAACUUGUGAAACCUGCCAGUGAAUUCUGCAGCGUUCAGACACUGUGCAUGCACAUACACAGGCUUUCAGUAUGAAACAAAACAUAAAACCAACAAUAGGGCCCACUUCUUAGGACCACUACUUUUAAUGGUCCACCAGUAUGAACGAAACACCGUCUGAUAGCAACACAUCCACAUCAUAUUACCUCUUGAGACAGACAACACAAUGAGCCUCAUUUGUAAGUGUGUACGAAUGAAUGGUGUUUUCACAAACUACCAAAGAAUGAAGUAACUUGAAAACUGCUGCUGUCUCAGUAAUUACCUUUGUUUAACCUUAACAAUUGAAACAAAUGUCAAUUGAUGGUGAUUGUUGAACAUGAAAAUGUGCCUCUUAUACUGCUGAUAAAACUUUGUGUCUCAUAACUUUGUGCAAUUAAAAUACAUUUUUUUUUAUUGAUAUUUACUUUAAUGUGGUUUGUGAAUAAAUGUGAAGGCAUCUUG